GUUUCAGUAUGAUCAGCGAGGAGUGCUGCAACUUUCCUGAGGAGGAUUUACUUUUACACCGGGCUGUACGGGCGUAAAUGUUUACGCGCGGAGUGUAAACCCAGGGGAUAACAGUCUACAAAUUGAAGGGAUUUGACUCUUUUAAAAGAAGAAGAAGAAAAAGAAGGAGAAGAAAAUGCCUGUAGCUAUUCUCAUGCCUUUCACGGCAACCCCGAGUAGGAAGUCCGUUAGCGCGACCUCGUUCCGGCUAACGGAGAAAUUCAUUCUGCUCUUAGUUUUCAGCGCCUUCAUCACCUUCUGCUUCGGAGCUAUCUUCUUCCUGCCGGAUUCCUCCAAGCUGUUUUUUUUCCGCUCCGACCCGGCGGUGGAGGGCGACACCCGGACAGGUACGGACGGAGACUCCGGUGGCACGGCGGGCAAGGACGAGAAAAUCUUGGCCAAGAUUCGGAGAGACCACGAACAGGCGCUGCUCGAAGCCAAGGACACGCUGCAGAAGCGGCCGGACGAAAUCAAGCAGGACAUCCGAAGCGAAAAGGACCAACUUGCGAAGGACCGAGGAGGCGAGAAUGACGACGGCUCUCUGCCCGUUCUCGAGUACGCGCGACCACCUGGGGCAACGGGGCGCGAGCCCUCCGACCCGGAAACGAGGGAGAAACGAGCAAAAAUUAAAGAGAUGAUGCAGUUUGCUUGGGAUAAUUACAAGCGCUUUGCCUGGGGCUCCAAUGAGCUGCGGCCCGUCUCCAAGCAAGGGCACUCCAGUAAUCUGUUUGGAAGUCUGAAGGGCGCGACCAUCGUGGAUGCUCUGGACACGCUCUACAUCAUGGAGAUGUAUGAUGAGUUCGAAGCCGCCACCGAGUGGGUGGAGAAAAAUCUUGACUUUAAUAUGAACGCGGAAAUCUCCAUCUUUGAAGUGAACAUCCGCUUCGUCGGAGGACUUCUCUCCGCCUAUUAUCUCUCAGGAAAAGAGGUGUUCAGGAAGAAAGCCGUCGAGCUGGGAGAGAAAUUACUGCCUGCAUUCAAAACACCCACAGGCAUCCCUUGGGCUCUCCUCAACCUAAAAAGUGGAAUAGGCAGGAACUGGCCGUGGGCGUCAGGAGGCAGCAGCAUAUUAGCCGAGUACGGCACGCUGCAUUUGGAGUUCGUCCAUCUGAGCAAGCUGUCUGGGAAACCUGUGUUUGCAGAGAAGGUCAUGAACAUCCGGAAGGUUCUGAAUCGUCUGGACAAGCCACAAGGACUUUACCCCAAUUACCUCAACCCCAACAGUGGACAGUGGGGACAACAUCACGUGUCUGUGGGCGGCCUGGGUGAUAGUUUCUACGAGUACCUGAUCAAAGCCUGGAUCAUGUCUGACAAGCAAGACGAAGAAGCCAAGAAGCUCUACUACGACGCUCUGAAGGCCAUUGAGACGGGUUUGAUCCGGAAGUCGAGUAGCGGUCUCACCUACAUCGCAGAAUGGAAAGGAGGUCUCCUCGAGCAUAAGAUGGGUCACCUGACCUGCUUUGCUGGGGGGAUGAUCGCUCUCGGGGCUGACGGAGCUCCUGAGGACCAGACGGGUCACCAGAUGGAGCUGGCAGCCGAGAUCGCACGCACGUGCCACGAGUCGUACGCCAGAACCAACCUUAAGCUGGGGCCCGAGGCGUUCAGGUUUGACGGCGGCGUGGAAGCCAUCGCCACGCGACAGAACGAGAAAUACUUCAUCCUGAGGCCAGAAGUCAUCGAAACCUACAUGUACAUGUGGAGGUUCACUCACGACCCCAAAUACAGGCAGUGGGGCUGGGAGGCCGUCAAGGCUCUGGAGCAGCACUGUAAGGUAGAGGGAGGCUACAGCGGCGUGAGGGACGUCUACAGCAACACUCCCAACUACGAUGACGUCCAGCAGAGCUUCUUCCUGGCUGAGACGCUAAAGUAUCUGUACCUGCUGUUCUCUGAUGACGACCACCUGCCGUUUGAGCACUGGGUCUUUAACACCGAGGCUCACCCGCUGCCCGUCAUAAAGCGAGAGAGAGACAGCUCAGACAGGAACGACCAGCUGUAAGAGCUGGUUUCCCCACAAAGCCCCCGCAGGGACGCCUCCAGCUGUGAGAAGUGCUCUCGCACCAAUCUCCGGCAAAGUGGGCAGUGCGGUUGACCUUUGACCUCACCAACCCCUCUCCACCCAAACAUGCCCUGCAGGGCUUCCUGGGGUCGAACAUCAUCUCCACUAUCGUUUAGAGAUAGCAGUGUGCAUGCUGCCCUUCUCCUGAUCCCCUUCCGCGCCCUUCUCACCCCUAACGUUGAUUCGGUCCUCUUUCUGAGCCUCGGAGGUCUGAACGAGCUUCUCUCCUCCGUGAGGAGACCAGACCAUCUCUACUCGAGUGUUUAACAUGUUUCAUCCUCACACACAUCAUGCAAAAAAAAUAACAAAAACUAAAAAAAAACCAAGCCAUACUUCAGACCACAGCUGUCAUGCUGCGGGAGUUUAUUUGAUUCUGAUUCGUUGAUAUGAUUUCUAGUAAGGGUGUGGGGUGUUUGUUUGUUUGUUUGUUUGUUUGUUUGUUUGUUUUUUGUUUUUUUAUUUCUGUCAAUCACAAUUGCAGGGUAGUGACAUGGAGUUAACUAGUGCCUUUUUAGCUUAAUGACCAACUGUUCUGCUAUUAUAAGUGAUUCCAUGACAGUUGAACUGAUGAAGCUUUAGUUCGGGAAGAGUACGGGGUUUUUGUUUGUUUGUUUGUUUGUUUCAUUUGUCCCCCCCCCCCCCCACUCUCUCAGUUGUCUGUCCUCAGAAUUCCAGGACAACAUAAGAGAUACCCGGAAGACAUUCCCAGCCUGAAUAGAUAACUCUGGUGACUUGACAUGAUCGGUGUGUUGGGGGCAAAUCUCAGAACCGCAUCCUGUUUGAUUCCAUUUCCGCAUACGUCAGUGCUUCCUUUUUUUUCCUUCCUCUGGUCGCAUUCGGUUUCAAUAACGAAGCACGGACGUUUCCUGUUUACUCGAUCGGGCGUGGCUGAACUAUGUAACGGACAUGUACAAAUAGGAUAGUUUGGGUUAAUUUAUGACUUAAGAAGUGUUUUAGCCUUGUAGGUGCACAGAUGAAGGAGCUGUCCUCGCUGAUGGUGGCGAUGACGACGAUGACGACCGGAGAAAUCGUCAUCCGGCGAUAACGGGCACACGACGACAGCAUCAAUCAAAAAGCCUGAAUUUAUUAUGUCUGAAUGUACCACCAAAUGUGAAGUGAACAUUGUUUUUGCCUAUCUUGUGUUGUUAUUUCUUGCUUUCUUUUAUCGCGAAAGCACAAAAAUUGUGGAAAACCUGCUGGAGCGGAGGACAGAAAGCACACGUGAGGAAUUAGCAAACCGAAUCGAAGAAAGCAGACGUACACGAAUACACAUACAAGGGUAGAUUACACUGGAUAAAACACAUCCCCCCCCCGCCCCCCC